CAAACCAACACACCCUUCUACCAGCGUAGAGGUUCUCUUCAGCUUUGGCAGUUCCUCGUAUCUCUACUAGACAAUCCUGGAAACAGUCACUUCAUCAGCUGGACCGGAAAAGGAUUAGAAUUUAAAUUAAUCGAACCGGAAGAAGUAGCCAGGAGGUGGGGGGUGCAGAAGAACCGACCGGCCAUGAACUACGACAAAUUGAGCCGAUCUCUGAGGUAUUAUUACGAGAAGGGUAUCAUGCAGAAAGUACCAGGCGAGAGGUAUUUGUGUAGA